AUAUACCUCCACACGUCAGUGCAAAGCUUAAGCGAGUACAUUCCAAUAGACGUAUUGCCCAACGAGUGUGGUGGGAAAGCAGGUCCGAUAAAGGAAUUGAUGGACGCGAAUUAUAAGAAAAUCGAAAAUUUCCGCGAAUGGUUUUUGGAAGAUGAAAAGAACAAUCGCGUGAACGAGUCACUACGGAUCGGCAAAAGCAAGACAUCUGGUGAUUUGUUCGGUGUGGAUGGGAGUAUCAAACAAAUAAAAAUCGACUGA